AAUCUACCUGAUGCGGUUUAUUACUAAUUUCAAAAUUGUCAUAAACGAUCUACGGAACGGAAGCAUAGUUGUAGAUUUCACGCUUGUCUACGACACUGCUGAUGGGGUUACAAAAGUACUUGUCGAUCUUGCAAAUGGAACAAACUUCACGUAUGACAGAAUGCCUGUUAAAGUCAUUUCAGAACAACUUUCUAACGCGACCGUGCUUUGUGGAUUGUACGAGAAGAUUAGAGGUCCCUGUGAAUACGGGACGGCGUGUAACGUCACAGGCGGUGUGCCUUCGUGCGUAGCGAACAUUGUGCCAACGGACAAUGUCAAGCUGAUCAUAGGUGUUUCUGUGGCGGGAGGUCUGAUUCUGGGUAUAGGAAUUUGUACAUCGAUAUGUAUUGUGAUCAAAAGGAAAGCGAGGAACGCCGAAAAGCAUAGCCAAAGGCGGGAUAACCUCAAUCGAUUCGAUGGACAAGGUGGCCAGGUAUUUUCGAGAUCGCCAUUCAAAGAAGUUCACCAAGGAAAUGAACCAGAGGCCCCAAAGUAUAGAACAUGGCGAUCCAUGGUGCUGUCUUUCAGGCAGGAUGCCGUUAAGAUUCCGAGAAUAGUCCCGGAAGAGAACCCAGGUACUACUGGGUGACGAUAUACAGAACAAAGGAAAUAAAUGCCAAGAAAUUAAAAACUAUUGAACAAGUUUUUCUAGAUUUGCUGUGAAUUUCGACUCAACCAAAUCAGGUUCAAAGUGUAUAUAUACAUAAUUUUCAUUUUGUUUUAUUAUAUUUGAACUCUGAAUCUGAAACCAUUAUUGUAUAUUGAUUUUAAUACUUGUCUAAGGACUAUUAUGAAAUGUCACAUGAAAUUUGCAUCGUUUGAAAAAUAUGCUUUGUAUAGUUUAGUGUUAAUAUUUAUUUGUUUUGUUAGCUGUUGUUGUUUUUUCAAUUUAUGUUUUGAAUAAUGUAACAUGACGACUACUGUAGAACUACCAACAAUAUUUGUAAAAUAUUUAAUAAAGAUGGAUAUUAUUAAAAUACAAAAACUCAUUUCACACGUUUGCUAUUAUUGAUUGCCGUCACAGGGAUUCUAUUAUGUAUAAUUGAAAAAAAAGAGAUUAUAACUUACUUAUUCAUUACAUUGAUUAACGAAGUGACCAGUACUUUAUAAUUUACAAAAAUAAACAAAAAUGCCAUUUAUAUAUACGCUAUAAAUUAAAAUGGUCACUUCGUAUUUGUAUAGGAUCUGGUUAUCUUUUGUGAGAAUGUUUUCUUCGAUACGAUGAUGUAUGAACUUUAUUUGUUGUUGGGCGUCGUUUACUUUGUUUAAUAAAUAAUACUAAUAAUAACGUGUUUCAUAUACAGGCGUAACUCAUAUUUCAUGUAAAUACACUGCAAUAUUAAAUC